AUGUUCAAAUUAUUACAGCCUCGCCGUCGAACAGUACGUGAUAUACGUGCUGUAAGAGGUUAUUUGCAGAAAGAUUAUCAAAGGAAUGCUAGUGAUCUAUUAAAACCACUUCUUAGUAAUCUACGAGAAUCCAGCACGUCUUCAAAUGCUGCUCGUCAGGUAGUUCAAUUGGUGCUCGAUGAAUUUGAACGUAUGAGCGACGAAGAAAAGCGAGCUUACUAUCGACAAUUAAUGUGCGGUUUUCGAUCCACUGAUUCCAAAAAUUCUAAUACAAUUACGGCACAAAUGGUUCAUUAUGCUCUUCGAUUGCUUGAAAAUUAUCAGGACACCUCAGUACCACUUAUUUAUUCGAUCAUUCUGGUGAUUUGUAGAUUAAGUCGUCAUUUUGUCUUUCGUCAUGAAUUAUUUAAUAAUACUCCUGAAAUAUACACAUUGUCUAUGUUGCUUGUUACUCAACGGCACUAUGCUCUCACUAUGGGUGGUCUUCGACUAUGUUCAACGAUUCUGAAUGCUGAUCUAAAUGAACAUAAAUAUGCUAUUGCUUAUUUAAAACAUGAUUCAUUAGCAUCAAGAAAAAUCUUAGAUGCAAUCAAAUGGUUUCUAUCACCUUAUGCAACACUACAAACUCUCUGGGAACAAGAAUCAGAGCAGGAGCCAGAUUCCGAGUAA